GCCAAGUCCUUCUUCGUCCUCAAGCUCAAGGCGGUGCCGACCCGGUAUGGCCUGUCCAAGAACAUCCAGGACCUGUUCACGGCCUUGGAUCACUACCACAGCGGCUCCAUCGACGCCGUGGAGCUGGGCAGACUCGUGCGCCUGAGCCCAAAUCGCAGGUCGGCCAUUGCCAACACCAUUACCAAAUGCGCGGGCAUCAUUAAGAAGCAGCCCGAGGAACUCACCACGUGCGUUGAUGUCAUCGAGAUGUGCACCGAGCUCCUCGAGAUCGCAGACAGAAAGCCUUCUACAGAUGGGUUCCCCUUCAUGAGGCUCCCGGCGGAGAUACGGCGGAAAGUCUUCAGCCUCAUCAUAGACAACAUUUUCCGGACCCAGGCUAUCCUGCCGGCGGGCAACAAGACUCCAGGCUGCAAGUGCCCUCGAUUCGAACGGGACAAUACGUUUCAGACAAUCCAAAUGAGAGACUUGCCGUGUCUCUUCGGCUCGAAUUCGAUGACGGGCGAGUUUUUCCGAGUCUUUUACCGCGAAAAGUCGUUUCGAUUCAGAUGCCCCUGCGAACUACAGUCGCAUCUGAGUCGCAACAACAUGUUCCGCCAGAAUGUGAGGAGCAUCUUGGUUUCGUGGAGCGGCCCUGAGGCGGCAAAGACAUUCAAGCUGUUAAACAAGCUUCCUAAGCUUGACAGUCUUGGGAUCAUUCUCUCCAAGCUGACAUACAUUCAUCUCAACGAGCGGGCCACGGUUAUGAAGUCUUACUUCCCUUUGUCAUUCAAGGUCACGAGAAUAGCGGAUGUCCUCGGCCUGGACGAACUCUUAGAGAUACGCGGACUUUCUCGAGUCGGAGUUAUGCUUGCGCCACCCUCCAGAGGCGGUUCUCAGUCGCACGAGAUGGACCGGGCCAAUCUCUUGGAGCUUUUGACUAGCAGACUG